AUGCAGCAGGUGUGGCUUGGACCUCACACCCAGCUGCCCCCACCCAAUGCCUUGGGACGCCGUGCGGGCCCUGGGAGAGUGCUCAUCCUCUACGGGGUUGCACGCUGGACCGCAGCGCCGGGGCCGGACAGGGCGCGGAGACUCGGCCUUGGAAUCCGCGAAAGCUCCCGGGAGCAGGGGUCGGAGUUGGGCCUCAGUCUGCAGAGGAUCUGCGGAAGGUGCGAAGCCGUCUACCAGACGCGGGCGGAGAAGUCUUUAGCUCUGCGCCCGGGAAGCCUGGCCUCGCGCCUCAGCCGCGGGGAGCCCCGGGCGCCCCGCCCCGCGCGGAGCCCUUCGGUUCCGGGAGCGCAUGGUCGGCUCCGCGCCCUUCCAGGGCCACGACCAGGGCCGGGCAGGGGCGGAGCCGCGGCCUCCGGGAGCUGGGUCCCUGCCCCCGCCGUUCUUUGUGACCGGAGCGCGACGAGGUACUGUCCCCCGCGUCCGCCCGACGGCCCCGCUCGGCGCUUUAAAAACCCGCCCGGCUGCAGCUGCUGCUGCGGCUGCGGCGGCGGCGGCGGGAGGCGCGGAGACUGGCGCGACCGAGCCCGGGGCCCGCGCCCCAACGGCCGGCCAGAGCAGCCCCAUGGAGGGCCACCGGGUGUACCAUUCGUGGUGCCCCCUUCCUUCCAAAGCCAAGACUGGGUGCCCCUGAGCAGCAGAGAGUGGGCCCAGCCCCCACAGGACCCCUGCCCAGCCCCGGAGCUCCUGCCUCAUGCCACCCGCAGCAAUCUUGGAGACGCAUGCGUGGUGGGGACCAUCAAUCCAGAGCUCUACAAGAUCCCGGAGGACAAAAGUGAGACCCACUUCCCUGAGGGCUGCCUGGGGCGGCUGUGGUUCUCUGUGGAAUACCAGCAGCAGGUCGAGCGACUGCUGGUGGGCCUGAUCAAGGCACAGCGGCUGCAAGCCCCCUCAGAGACCUGUAGCCCCCUGGUGAGGCUCCAUCUGCUACCGGAUGAGCGGCGCUUCCUCCAGUCCAAGACCAAAUGUAGAACAACCAGCCCACAGUUCGAUGAGCACUUCAUCUUUCAGGUGUCCAGCAAGAGUGUCACCCAGAGGGUGCUGAGGUUCUCAGUGUACCACGUGGACAGGCAGAGGAAGCACCAGCUCCUGGGCCAGGUGCUGUUCCCCCUGAAGAAGGAGACCCUGGUGGGCGACUGUCGGCACAUCAUCUGGAGAGACCUGGAGGCUGAGAGCCUGGAGCCUCCCUCCAAGUUUGGCGACCUCCAGUUCUGCCUCAGCUACAACGACUGCCUGAGCCGCCUCACGGUGGUCGUGCUGCGAGCCAAGGGCCUCCGUCGGUUCCAGUUCCUCCAGGACGAGGCCCUGAGCCCCCCUGCCCCGGGAGCUGGGGGUGGCGGGGGCACCCCUGCAUGCAGAGCUGGUCACUCAACUGGAGCCCGGGAGCUGGGGGCACAGGAGCCCUGCUCGGGCUCACCCCGCAUGUCCCGCCCCACAGAGAAGGUGUUUAGGGGCCCCAGGAGGCCUGAGCACCCGGCAGGCAGGACCCGCCCCCUGUGGGGAGAGAUGGGAGUGUGGUGCCAGGUUCCAGGAACAAAGGCCAGCCGAGCCGUGGGUGUGCUUGUCAAGGUGUCUCUGAUGAACCACAACAAGUUUGUCAAGUGCAAGAAGACUUCGGCUGUGCUGGGCUCCGCCAACCCUGUGUACAGCGAGACCUUCAGCUUCAAGGCCGACCCUGCCUUGAAGCUGGACACGGCGAGCCUCAGCCUGACAGUGCUGCAGAGGGCCGAAGGGGACAGGAGCCACGAGCUGGGCCGGGUGGUGGUGGGCCCGCACAUGUACACCCGCGGCAAAGAGCUGGAGCACUGGAACGAGAUGCUUAGCAAACCCAAGGAGCUGGUGAGGCGCUGGCACGCGCUUUGCUGCACCACUGAGCCCUGA